AUGAUAAAGGUAUGUGACACGCCCGAGGCGCGUCCCAUUAAAAUGUGGAAAUUCGAUGCGGAAGCGGAACUGCCAGUCCGGGCCACCCCGGCAUCAGCGGGGCUUGAUUUGCGGGCCCUGACUACCCGGACGUUGGUGCCCCAAGUGCCAACGGUAGUUAAAACCGGCUUGGGAUUAGUUUGCCCUUCCGGGACUUAUGGACACAUUCUCCCACGGUCUGGGUUAUCGCUGAAAGGGAUCGAUGUCAUGGGUGGAGUUAUUGACGCAGACUAUCAGGGAGAGAUUGGGGUUAUCCUAGUCAACAUCACCACCGAGCCCUACAUGGUUAAUAAGGGGGAUAAGAUCGCCCAAUUGGUAAUUAAACCUUGUGACAUGUCCACUGUGGAGGAGACGGGGGCCCCUACGAAAAUAACCGAACGGGGAACGGGAGGUUUCGGAUCCACUGAUGUAAAGGGGGCUAAAGUUUGGGUACGCCAGCCAAAUGGCCCUCCAAAACCGGCAGAAAUAAUCGCUCAAGGGAAGGAUAGUUUGGUGACAAUAAUGUAUCCAGGGAACUCAGCCUGGCAUAAUGUACCGGCAAACCAAUGCUACCUUCGAGAAACAUGA